GAACAGGUAACGUUAUAGCCUACAUCUGAGGGAGAACCACAAUGCAAGCUUCAAUGCAACCAGCAGCGAGCUAAGCUAGCUAUGCCUUGCUGAUGCGCAACACUUAAACGUUACUAAUUAGCGUACGAGACAGAUGAUAACAGCUGUUGUUACAGUCACACACAUUAACUUCUAUAAUGCAUUUUUCGAAAAAAUGUUCCGUUUUCAAAGUGAUUCUGAGUGCCCUGUUCAUUGUAGCGUUAUUGCAGUUGAUCUAUCUGUCAUUCCUGUCGAGAUUCCACGGUAAACAACAGCGCUAUAAAUACUUCGAGUUGUUUGGUGGUGGGAGCAAGAGAAAUGCCCACCAGACUGAGAAAAACUCUAAAAAAGAACACCUCCGGUACUCUCUGUCCACUGGCGGCAUUUUCGACGCCAGCGGGCAGUACCGAGUUUAUAAAAACUUGGUAAAAAGUGACUUCUCGACCAAUCAAAAGCCUGGAUCAGGCACAAGUACGAACACACUCGUGCUUGCUACGCACACCACCAUUAACAAUCUGCACCACCUAGACUCCCUGUUAGAGCGUUGGAAAAAUCCCCUCUCUAUUGCCAUUUUUGCACACGGGCAAGAUGUCAAAUUUGCCACGGCGCUCGUGUACGCCCUUAGCAUCUUUUGCCCUCACAUCCAAGCUCUGGUGGACUUUCACCUGGUCUGCCCGUCGGAGGAAACCGCGAGUUUCCCAGAACAGGACCGAGAGCAUUUCUCAGGCCUCGAAGACUGUGCUGGGGUAUUUGCCAAGCUAGGCUCUCACAGAGACAAGUAUAAAAACUAUGCCAUCGGGAGCAAUAUCUCCUACCCUAACAACUUACUGCGUAACGUGGCCCGCAGUGGCACAGAUGCCGCCUUCAUCCUGGUCAUCGACAUGGACAUGGUUCCCAGCGAUAGCUUGCACCAGCAGUUCCUCGACAUGGUGGCGAGGCGGAGGCCAAAUACAGAAGAAGUGUUCGUGCUCCCCGCCUUUGAGAUCCGCCACACACGAAAGCUCCCCGCCACCAAGCCAGAGCUGGUGCAGCUGUACCAGGUGGGCGAGGUGAGGCCCUUCUACGAGGAGCUGUGCCCGCGGUGCCAGGCGCCCACCAACUACUCACGGUGGGUGAACCAGCACGAGCACGGGCCGGACCAGCUGGACGUGGCCUACACGCUGAACUGGGUCGACCCGUGGGAACCCUUCUAUAUCAGUGCUCGAUCCGUGCCACUGUAUGACGAGAACUUCAGGCAGUAUGGAUUCAACCGCAUCAGCCAGGCCUGUGAGCUGCAUAUAGCUGGCUACCGUUUUUCCGUGCUCAACUCGGCGUUUGUGGUGCACCGUGGCUUCAAGGUGCAGGGCGAGUUCCACAGCCGCAAAGACGAGGAGAACCGACGUAACCGUGUGCUGUUCCGCAGCUUCAAGGAAGGCCUGAAGACCAAGUACCCAACCUCUCCCAGACGUUGCUGACACACACACACACACACACACACACACUCUCUACUGUGAAGGCUUCCAUUAGAUAAUCGAUAACAAAUAAAUACAGCAUAAAGCAUUAAUAUGAACACAAACCACAAAUAAAACAACAAAAUGGCCCCCAACGAUGUAAAGACAGUUGUAGAGAGGCGCAAAAUUCAAAGUGGAUUUAUUUAUUUUUUUGCCUUUUUUUAUUUUGAGGAGUUGAUAGUUUUUCAAACGAAGUGAGAACAUAUGUAAACUAGGAGAUUGGUUUGAGUUUCAGGUCAUUUUUACAUUGAUUAACAGUUACUCUGAGUCAAACACUAAAUCAAAAAAACACAACUUCAUUCACUUGUGUCCAGUGUGCUUGUAUGCUAAUAAGUUUUUUUUUUUUUUUUUUUUUUUUUUUUUUUCCAAAAUAUAUGUUGUAUAUUUUCAUAAAUGUCUGAGUGAUAUCAACACAUUUCAUGCUUGUUAAAAUGAUAAAACCAUGUAGCACUAAUGUAGGUGGAUCACCUGUUUUCACAAUACAAAACAAAACAGAAAGUAGAACUGAACUGGCCAACAUGGAAAACACUGUCUUUAGAGGACAUACAGAGUGCCAGUUUGGCAGUGUAUUUUGCCGACAGUGCAUGCGUACUGUGGCCAGAGUGAAAUCGGACUCAAAAAGGGGGCAGAGUCUGGCCGAAGUUAAUUAGAUAGAUAGAUAGAUCAGAUAUUAUCACUGGUUGCAUGUGAUUGGUUUAUUCAAUUUCACUUCACCAGAGAGGUCUCGCCCAUUUCAAAGUUCCUGCCUUGACGUAGCUUCCCGCUUACCUAUAUUGCUGCAGAACUUGGGCCCAAAAUGUGGAAACAUAACCAUGAAAACAGGAACCACCAGGUAGCAGCAGUGGAUCACGACAGAGGGUUUGUGGACUCUCAGAGAAACAAUGCUCUGUUCACCAUCCAUCUUUUAGUUGCAGCAUUAUGAUCGAUCCUUGGGAUAACAGUCUAGUCUAUGAACAAAUACUCUCAAAGUGGCACGAAAUGAGACCUGCCUGUCGAAUUCGCUUGCUGAUGUCUUAGAAGAUACGGACAGCGGAAGAUGGGGAGAUCGGUCACAGCUGUGGACAUUUUGUUGGACUUGCACACUGGACGACUGGAAGCUGUUUUUUUCACUCUGUGACAAUUUUAUUGACAUUACAGCCCUCUUGAGGGUUGAUGGAGCAUUGUCAGUUUGCACUGCAAGUCCUUGGUGUGUCCCUUUUAGAAAAUUUCAGGUGGCACGUUGGCAGUUGGCCCAUUUGUUGUGCAUUAGGUCUUGGAGGUGACCCCAGUCAGUGUCUGGUUGAAAUGCCUUUUUGAUUGACUGAGGUUAGAUAUUUAAGUACACUACAAACUGAGCAAAUUGUGGUGAUUUUAUCUUUUACUUUUUUUGUGUGUUUGCACUGAUGAUGGUGAUUUGUGGUGGGAAUUUCAGAUUAGUUGAACCUAUGUGUUGCUUUUGUGUAUUUAUGUUUGGAAUACACUCGUUUUUUUUUUUAAGAGAUUAAAAACACUAAAGAACAUAUCUUGCCUUCUCCCAUACAUGGUUUUAAGUGUCAGAUUAAACUGUUGCUAUGAUUAGAAUUCAUAGUUAUUUUGUAUUGUGAUUUUGCUAUUUAUUGAGGAAACGUUCUACAUAUUUAGUAACAAAUCGACAUAAAACAUCAUUUUGAGGUUGCGGUACUUAAUCACGUGUUGUCAUGGCUUUUGAGGCACUGUUGUAUUGCAUUGAAAGUCUAUACAAUUUCUGAGGUUUUUACAUGCGAGUGCUUCUAUUCAUUUGUAACCUUUGCAAUCCUUUCCUGCAGCUGUCCUGCAGAGUUCACUUCAGUUCAGCGUUGCCCCCAAUAACACUACCAGUGCUGAAUGGCUCACUGCAUCAACGAGCACAUCAAGCCCACCACAAGUUACUGUUUGCAAAAUGAUUUUGUGUUGUUUUCUAUUUAUAGGUAUGCAGUUAUUUAUCUGUUUGUUUGUUGAUAUUUUGCCUGGGUUUGGUAUCUUAAUAAAAGCUGUUAUUAUUGAA